CGUGGCGCGUUCCGUUCUCUUCAAUCUUAAUUUAGCCUUAGCCCAAAAUAUAUUCACUUAUCAUUUUAAUCGUCCUGCAUCGGGACUUGCAUAACAAGUUCCAGCCAUAGAGUUCACAUUUUUAUCAUGAGAUGAAUCUUAACGUGUUCAGAUUUACUCCUUUCCUCAGAGCAAGUAGUUGACCACCGAGGAGUUCUCAACUGGAAUCUACUUGAAUCGACUUGCCUACAUUCGCUUUCAAGAUGUCAAAUGUAUGGGAAUCGCUUGGCCAUCCAAAAUUCAUCCUGGCUCCUAUGGUUGAUGCAAGUGAACUUGCAUGGAGGCUUUUCAGCAAAAAGCAUGGUGCUCAGUUAUGCUAUACACCCAUGUUCCACAGCUCUAAUUUUGCAAGAGACAAGGUGUACCGCAAGGAAAAUUUUCAAACCUGCUCGGAGGAUAGACCCCUAAUUGUUCAGUUUUGUGCAAAUGAUGCAGAGACACUCUUGAAAGCAGCUCGCAUCGUAGAGCCACACUGUGAUGCCAUAGACAUUAAUCUUGGAUGCCCCCAGUCCAUAGCGAAAAGAGGUCACUAUGGUGCUUUCUUACAAGACGAAUGGGACUUGUUGACAAAAAUGGUCAAGACUCUUCGCGAUAAUUUAAGGAUACCCAUCACUUGCAAAAUUAGAGUUUUUGAAAACAUUGACCAUACGAUCAAGUAUGCACAGAUGUUGGAAGCAGCUGGCUGUCAGAUGUUGACGGUUCAUGGCCGUACAAGGGAGCAAAAAGGCCCACUCACCGGUGUGGCAAGUUGGGAUCAUAUUAAAGCAGUCAGAGAAAAUGUCAGCAUUCCAGUGAUAGCGAACGGUAAUAUUCAGUGCCUUCAAGAUAUCAAACGCUGUUUAGAGCACACAGGCUGUGUUGGUGUCAUGUCAGCAGAGGGCAAUUUAUACAAUCCUGGUAUAUUCGAGGGUUUAAAUCCUCCUGUUUGGGAAGCUGCUGCAGAGUACCUAGAUUUUGUUUUACUACAUCCAUGUCCCACAUCAUACACUCGUGGCCAUUUGUUUAAAAUUCUCCAAACUUUGUUCUCUUUACCGGAAACAUUUGAUCUCCGAGCAGGUAUAGCCAAAGGACAGUCAGUUGAGGACUUCAUAAAAGUAAUAGCGAAAAUCAAAGAACAGUUUGCCCCUAUCCAUGCUGGAAAAGUUCCAUACAAUCUUGAACAGCUAGACUACAAUUUAAGGCUUCCUCCCUGGUUGUGUCAGCCUUAUGUAAGAAUUAGCCCUGAGGAUCAUUUGAAAAAAAUGGAAGAAUGCAGAUUAAGAGAUUCCAAAAAUGAAAAAGAGAAUAUCAAUGAAUGCUGCAAACGAGAAGGUUCUCCUUUAUCAAAAAAGAAGAUGAAAAGAUUAAAACGGAUCGGCAAAAUAAACUUUAACCCCGGGCGCACUUUUGAAAAAUGCUCAAAAUGUUCGAAUCCUGCAGGUACAAAAUGUGAGCAGAAGCUUUGCAAAGUAUGCUGUCGGACAAAAUGCUACAAUGAAAAUUUGGAUUGUGAAGGGCACCGGAUACUCAUUAAAACUAAAAGAGAAAGGUCUAAGAAGAAUGAUCUGACUGGAAAAAUUACAAAAGGAAAUGGUGAUUUAAAAAAUUCAGUUUCCAGUGUAUCGGAGGAGUAGCACCAUGUUUCACCUGCAUCAGAAGUGGACUGUAGAUAACUACUAGUUUUACCUCCUAUCUGUGAUAUUUUAAUCAUUAAGUGUUUUGUUUUUAUUCUAAUGAAAUUAAAAUUGGCCCCACCCAA